GGGAGACGGCGAGCCGACGCUGGCGCCGCUCGCGGGCGACGCUUUUAACGCUCUCCGCCGAGGUGGCCGUAGAAUGGAAGGGAGACGGAGGCAGAUGCUGAUGUAAGCGGCCACGUGUCCUUGACAGCCUCCCCGCCGGCCACCGCUCGUCGCCGCCGCCGUCCCCAGCCGCCAGCCAGUCGGACAGUAUCCGUCCUCCUGCCGGGUUCAGGUCCUCUGGCGAAACGAGCCGUGUAGACCGGGAGCUAGAGCGAGGAGACGAGGGAAGGGAUGCAGCAGCUGCAGCCGAAGCAGAUGCACUGGGUGAGGGCCGACUCCUCCGACUUCGGGGGCGACCGCCCCGCCCCCCGCAGCGGGCACACGGCGGUGAGCAUCGGCAAGUCCAAGGUGGUUGUCUUCGGCGGAUUCGCCGACAAGCGCUUCCUCUCUGACGUCUCCGUCUACGACGUCGAGAAUAAGCUAUGGUACUCACCUGAGUGCACCGUUAAUGGAUCGGAUGGGCAGGCAGGCCCGAGCCCAAGGGCAUUUCACGUAGCUGUCGUGAUUGACUGCAACAUGUUCAUCUUUGGUGGUCGUUCUGGGGGCAAGCGGUUAGGUGAUUUCUGGAUGCUAGACACCGACCUAUGGCAGUGGUCGGAAAUGGCUGGUUUUGGUGAUUUGCCAUCACCACGGGAGUUUGCUGCUGCUUCAGCCAUAGGAAAUAGAAAAAUUGUUAUGUAUGGUGGUUGGGAUGGCAAAAAAUGGCUUUCAGAUGUAUACAUCAUGGACACAAUGUCACUGGAGUGGACAGAAUUAGCAGUUACCGGAUCCGUGCCGCCUCCAAGAUGUGGGCAUUCCGCAACUAUGAUUGAGAAGAGACUGCUUAUAUUUGGAGGCAGAGGUGGAGCAGGGCCAAUAAUGGGUGAUUUAUGGGCUUUAAAGGGAAUUACGGAAGAAGACAAUGAGACACCAGGUUGGACACAAUUGAAGCUUCCAGGGCAAUCUCCCUCACCACGAUGCGGUCAUUCAGUAACAUCUGGUGGACCUUAUCUCUUGCUAUUUGGAGGACAUGGAACUGGCGGUUGGCUAAGUAGAUAUGACGUGUACUACAAUGAAUGCAUUAUUUUAGACAGGGUCUCUGUCCAGUGGAAGCGCCUACCAACAAGCAAUGAACCACCUCCUCCUCGGGCAUAUCACUCCAUGACUUCCAUAGGGUCUCGAUUUCUUUUAUUUGGUGGCUUUGAUGGAAAGAAUACAUUUGGCGAUUUGUGGUGGCUUGUCCCUGAAGAUGAUCCUAUUGCCAAACGAGAUUCAGGCCCUAACAUCGGUUCAAACAGCAAACCUAGCACUAUGACUGGUGAUGCCCGGCAAUCCAACUUAAAGAAGUCACAAGCUCUGGGAUCUCCAAUAACAGAAUUGGCCAAACGACUGGGAAUUCCCCUUUCUGAGGAAGUUUCAACAAGUUCUGUUGACGAAAUCAAUGAUAAAGAACUUUUGGUAUUGUUCUCAAGGCUUGCUGGUCAAUCGCUUCCGGACAGUGACCAGGUGGCAUCAAUUCAGAUACUUCGUGAUCAUUGGAAAAAUUCUCCAGCAAGCUCACUACAACUGCACGAACUAGGACCUUUGCUGAGGGACUAUCAACGUCUCAUCCUCCGGCGCUAUUCGGAAAAUCCAUUGACAGCAUUUCAUGAAAUGGAAGCUCUACGUUUCUUCCAUUUGAAAAGUGCUUCACAGUUGCGCAUGGAUGACAUUCCCAUCUUGUUGAGCGAGUAUGGAAGGCUUCUUUCGACAUGAGGUGGCAUCUUCCAAGUUGUCUUUUUCUUUGGUUUCAAUUGAGCAUUUGUAACUUUUGAAGAAGGCAAGGGAACUGCUGCUCAAAUGUGCCAUCUAUCUGACUUUUGGGUAGGACGGGGCACAACAGAAUGAUGACUACGGUACCAAACCUUCUUGUCCAAAGAUAGUUGAAGAACACUCGCAGAAGUACAGAACUGUGCAUCAUGGACAUGUUUAGGAUGUUUCAUUUCUGAACGACAACUGAAGCAGCUACUCCUGGGAUCUUCACGUCGGACAGGAAGAAUUUUUUUCCGAUAAGGAGACAUGAAGAUACGCUGCGGUUGUUCUCAAAUCCUUUGAUCCCUGCCUUUGCUUCGCUGUCGCAUCUUCUUUUCAUUUUAGGUAAUUGUAUGAUCUGUCCAGGCUGGCUGUACAAAUGCACGCAACUAUUAAUGUAAUAUCAUGCAUACAUGAUACUCCGUCGCCAUGCGUGGCACGACUUGCUCGUGGUUCGUGGAGCCAUUUCUCGCCGCCA